AUGGACAGUCUUUAUAUGAAAGGAGAGCUUUUGCAAGUUCACACUAAAAAUUAUGAAGUAAUUGAGGGUAGAUUUUAUGGCAUGGAUAGUGACAAGUCCAAAAUAUCCUUAUACAAUGUGAAAGAACUAACACAAAAUGAACCCACUGAAGGAGUUUGUCAUUACUAUAACUCAGAGAUACGGAACAUUAUCAAGCUUCAAGAGACUGAUGAACAAAAACAUUUGAAGAUAUCUCAGAAAGAUUGUGAAGAAAUAAUUAAGGUAUCAAAAAAAUAUAUCUUCAUAAAUCAAGUGGAUAAUACUUUUCAUGAAGCGAUCAAAGAUUUAAAUGAGUAUAAUUAUAUUGCUCUUAGUACUGACGGUGCAAGCAUGGGAAGAAAAUCUAAAAUGCCUUUUAUUGUUUUGUCUACACCUCAACAAAUUUAUAUUUUUGAUACUGAAGUGAUGCAGUACCAUGCCUUUGAUGCUGGUCUGAGACAGCUGCUUGAGAGUGAUGCUCCUAAAAAGAUUGUUCAUGACUGCAGGAAAAUAGCAGAUUGUCUAUAUCAUAAGCAUAAUGUUAAACUUAAACAUAUAUUUGACACCCAAGUAGGAGAUUUGAUAAUCACGAAAAAUAAAAAAGGAUGUCUACCCAGUGAAGUAAAGACUUUAUCUCAAUGUAUGAAUUCUUACAUUGGUCUAAAAAUUAAUACUGAUGAAGUAAAGCUGGAUAUAGUAGAAUGUACUAAACGUCCAUUGCCAGUGAAAAUCAAGGAGACUCUAGCUAAGAACAUAGCUUUUCUGCACCGUCUUUCAGAAAUCAUCAAUGAUGAAAUGUCUCUGCCAUUUGUCCGUGGUGUAGAGUGUUUUGUAGAGAGCCUCCGAUCCUGUGACGACUUCAAAGCUUGGGAACUGUCAAGUGGAAAAGACCAUCAGAUACCAAAGGACUUCAAAAGUGCAAUUGAGUAUUAAAUUUACUGAUGUGACACAUUCCACAUAAUAAAUUGUAGACAUAGGCCCAUU